AAUCAAUGAAGUAACACGAGUUUAGGUAAACAGUAAACCUUUAGGCACAUGGCUGAUAUUUAGAAUAUGCAAUUGAACGCAAGAACCAUAAUAUUAGUACAAUAAACAGAUAAGUUUCAUUUCCUAAAGUGAAAAUGAAGAAUCUUAAGCUUCUAAAUGCACAACAAACAUCAACUGUACCAGCUGAUAAUUUUUGUGUGGAUAUAGAUAAAAAAGUUUACAUCUCUUCAUCAAAAACCUUAUAUUACAUUGAAAAGUCAUCUCCAAAAGCUAUACCAUGUGCAGAUCUUAUUAGUGAAAUUGAAGAUCCCAAGAGCUACAUCACUGGCAUGGAAUUUUUGUUUGAAAGUAAUAGUGUUUUCAUAGCUGCUUCAUCAGGAGAUCUUUACAUGUAUAAUAUAGAUGAUGGGGAGAUAUCAGCAGUUGGAUUUGUUGAGACUUCCAUAGAAGAUUUUGCAUGGAGUCCUGAUCAAGAAUUUCUUGUUUUAUUAACAGGUGCUGGGACUUUAAUUAUGAUGACUAAAGAAUUUGAUGCUUUUGCUGAAAAGAGUCUUUGUACAGAUGAAUUUGGAGAAAGUAAACCAAUUAAUGUUGGAUGGGGCUCUAAAACAACACAGUUUCAUGGAUCUGAAGGAAAAGAGGCUGCUCGUAUUAAGCAAAAGGAACCACAACAAGCUUUACCUUAUGAUGACCUAAAAUCUAGGAUAAGCUGGCGGAAAGAUGGAGAGUAUUUUGUUACUUCAAGUGUGGAUAAAUCAAAAGGCUACAGAUUAUUGCGUGUAUGGAAUCAAGCAGCUGUGUUGCAGUAUACUAGUGAGGUUGUUGAAGGAUUAGAAGAGCCUGUAUGCUGGAGACCUCUUGGAAAUGUUAUAGCAUGCAGUCAACAAUGCCCAAAUAAGCAUCAAAUCAUAUUUUUUGAGAAAAAUGGUUUACGACAUGGUGAAUUUACCUUGCCUUUUAAACCUAAUACUUUCAAAGUUUCAACUUUAUCUUGGAAUUCUGAUUCAAGUAUUUUACUUGUUGUAGCUGAGGAAAUAUGUGAUAACCCUACUGAUUUUCAAGUUAUGCUCUGGACCUCUUCUAAUUAUCACUGGUUCUUGAAACAGAAGUUCUUCUUGAAUAUUUUCACACCUUAUAAACCCUUGAUUGUAAAAUGGAGCUCAUUUCAUCCUAAUGAAUUACAAUGCUAUAAUCAGUCUACAGGAGAUUUUUAUGCUUUCAAAUGGGCAUGGUGUAUCUUUCAUGGUUCUGGCAAUAAUGGUUGUGAUGAUUCUAUUGUUGCAUCCAUAGAUAAUGAAAAACUAUUGAUUUCACCAUUUGGCAAACUUGUUGUUCCUCCACCUCUUUGUGGUUAUAUGUUUUCAGUGACAAGUUCGAUUCAGUCAGUAUUUUUUGCUCCAACCAUUCCUGCAUUUGCUAUUUACCUUGGAAACUCAAAAUUAAUGUUCUUUUGGAAAGGUUUGACCUCUGAAUCUCCUGAAGGCUGUAGUUUAAAAUUAGUUGCUGCUGGUGGCAAUGGAUUUAAAUCUCAAGUUCAACCUUACUCUUUUCUAGGUUCCUCUAACUUUAAAUUAAAAAAUGAUAAUGCAUUAUUAUUUGGAUUUUGUCAUUGGACAUGGACAAAUUAUAAAAUAUUGUGUGUAGCCUUUUGUAACAGAAAUAAUCAGGAUUCCAAAUACUGUAUUUUAUCAUUGGAGGCUCCAUCUGAAGCUGCUGAACUGAGUGCUGAAUUAUCUGGAAAUAUUUUAACAGAGUUAGAUAGCUCUGUUGUAGGAAUGACUUGUAAUGCAAGUGGGAAUAUUAUUGCAGUUCUAUUAGAUGAUGGGAGAGUUUUCCAAAUAAACACAGAUUCUUUAAAAAGCUCUUCUAAUAAUGAAGUCAUGACUCCAUGGCUUUGUGAUAAUGAUAAACCUCUUGUUCUUCUACAAACAUGUCCUAACAUAUCUGUGAUAUCUGUUGAUGGAAAGGACUUUUUGUUAGGACUGAGUGAAAAGUAUAACUUGUUUUGUAAUGACCAUAUUAUUUUAUCUGGCUGCACUUCAUACUAUAUUCAUGAAGAGUUCCUUCUUGUGACUACUAUUGAUAAUGUGUUGAAAUGUUUUUCCAAAAAAUCUGAUUUACUAGAUACAGUAAUUAAAAAUAAUGCCUUGCCAUCUGAAGUUCAAAGUCAGAAAGUAGAAAAAGGAGCAAGAAUUGUUAUUGCACCUUUUAAAACAACUAGUGUAAUUCUGCAGAUGCCUAGAGGAAAUCUUGAGACAAUUCAUCCUAGAGCACUUGUGCUUUCAGCUAUUUGUAAAUAUCUUGAUAAUCUGCAGUUUGGAAAAGCUUUUGAUGUUGCUAAGAGGCAAAGAAUUGAUCUUAAUAUUUUAUAUGAUCACAAUCCACAGCAAUUUUUGAAUCAUGUUAAUCAAGUCAUUGACCAAAUAGAUUCAUCAAGUGACCUUAAUCUACUUAUAGCAAGUUUAAAGAAUGAAGAUGUUCGUGCAACAAUGUAUCCUCUAUCAUUUAAAGAAUGUAGUUCAAACAAUACCUCUGCUCUCAGUAAUAAAAUUAAUAUUAUUUGUGAUGCUGUUAGAAACAUUUUAGAUGCCAAAAAUGACAACAAAUAUUAUCAUACUCUUUUGGCUACUUAUGUGAAGAAAGAACCAUCAGAGCUAGAUCAAGCAUUGAUAAGACUGAAAGCAUUUAAAGAUUCAAAUGACUUGAAAAGCACUCGAGAUGCUGUGGACAGUGCUCUUAAUUUCCUUUUGUAUUUAGUGAAUGUUCAUGAGCUCAGAAAUACUGCUUUGGGAACUUAUGAUUUAGAGAUUGCUAUCAUGGUUGAGCAAAAGUCUCAAAAAGAUCCCAAAGAAUUUCUUCCCUUUUAUAAUGCUUUGCAACAAAUGGAAGAAAAUUAUCGUAAAUUUAAGGUUGAUAUGCAUCUUCAAAGAUAUAAAAAGGCAUUGUCACAUAUUAGCAAAUGUGAUGAUAAAUUUUCUGAAUGCCUGCAACUGAUUAAAGAUCAUAGGCUGUACACUGAUGCAUUGUAUAUAUUUCCAUAUUAUUCUGAACAGUUUAAGGCUGUUUGGAAUGAGUAUGGUGAUUAUUUGAUGACUAAACGUUAUUUUGAUGAAGCUGGCUUAGUUUUUACUCGAUGUGGCAUGCAUGACAAAGCCUUAUUGGCAUACAAAGACAGCUUGAAUUGGCAAAAGGUUCUUUCCUCUGCUAUUAAGCUUGAUUAUGCAGAAAACAGAAUCAUUGAUUUAUGCCUUGAAAUGUCUGCAAAAUUGAAAAGUUCUCAGAGAUAUUUAGAUGCUUCCCACUUGCUUGAGCAUUAUGUUAAGGAUCCAGAAGAAGCCAUUGUAACUUUAGUUGAAGGCUGUGAGUGGAAUAUGGCUAUGCUAAUGAUAUCAAAAUACAAACGUGAUGAUCUUGCAGAGUCUCAUUUUAUCCCUACCUUGAGAGAACAUGGUAUUUAUUUGUUAUCACACUUAAGUCAGUUGUUUGAGACAUUUUCUAAAUACACAGAAAGGUUGAAACUUGUGAGAACUCAGAAGAGAAUUAAAGCAGAAGAAGCUAGCACCAUUAAGUUCGAGGAUGACUUGUUUUCUGAUGUUGGAAGUGUUACUGAUGCUGCAUCAUCUUGUGUGGAAUCCAAACAGUCUGGCUCCAUCAUGACAAGGAAAAGCUCCAAAAGCAGAAGAAAACAAAAAAUAAAGAAGUAUCGUUUAAAAGAAGGUAGUGCUGAUGAAGAUUUAGCACUUGUUGCUGCAUUGUCUGAAAUAGUAACUAAGGUAGAUACUCUUAAAGAUAAUUUCCUUAAUACUUUAAAGGCAAUGGUUCAUUUUGAUUUUGAUGAAGGGGCGAAUUUACUUCAGGAGAAGAUGACUAAAAUAGUUUCAAUAAUUGAGAGCGAAAUUCCGAACAUUUGGAAUCCUUUAGAAAAUAAUCCUGCACCAGAAAUGAAAUUUGGCCCUGAUUCCACUGUUAAUUCUAUUACUGCAUCAUUACAAAUGGAUAAAACAACAGCUCCAGUGGUAAAAGAUCCUGAAUUGGCAGCUCCUCCAUGGAGAAAUAUUGAGAUUGCUUUGCAGAUGUUUAAAUAAUAAACUGUAAUUUAAUCUAUGUAUAAAGGAAUUUUUACUAAGA